AUGGCCGACGCAAGAAAGGUCAUUCCUCAGUCCCCUGAAGAAUGGUUGAAGGAAGUCAAGCACCUGGAUCUUGAUAAAGUCACGAUCCAUGAUGCGCCGCUCAAGUCGGCUUCGCGUGCAGAAUUCGAGCAAUUCCUCCUUCUCCGAGUCGUCUGGAAGAGCUACGAUUCAUCCAAAUUCCUGAGGCGCGUCGACUUGAGCCAAGCGCUACCAGAUGCCCGCACCAGAUUAAAAGGUCUCGGGUCCUGGACCAAUUACAAAAACAGCUUUACCGGUCCAGUUCAGCAAGGAACGUUUGCAUUGGCACGCCAUUACCAACUGCAGGUAACGAGGACCGAUCAGGACAGCCCGACUGGUAGUGGUGUUCAAUUCACACCCGUAGCCCACAGGACGCGCUCGAAGCAGCAAACAGGCCAACCUCCAGCCCAACCAGACUUCACGAAAUCGCCUCCUACCAAUCCAGAUCCUAACUUUGAUACUGCCCUUCUUGAUGACGAGUCUGAUUCAAUGUCAGUCGUCUCCUCACCACUGGUCCGCACUCCAUGGAGCCCUAUCCGUCCGGAAGAUGAAUUUCUGUAUCCCCCAACAAAGGAUGAACAGAUCGUCAAUACUGCUCUCCUGACAUUCCUCGAUUCUCUCACGUUGCAUUUCGAUCUCUCCGUUGGCUGGUCGAUACAUCGUAUGGCUUUUAAAGCAACAUUUACCAACAUGGAAUUCCAGGCCAGGACAGACGGUUAUCUCGCUGACAGCAAGGGGGACAUUAAAGCCAUCGUCGAGGUCAAGCCAGUCAUCAGAAAUAAUAAGGAAACGCAGAUUCGUAUACAGGAAAGCCACCAGAUUGUUGCGAACUUAUUGGCAGACUACACAUCUCCCCAUGUGCAGCGCCGGAAUAAACCCCAUCGCCUCAUCAUAUCGCAGGAUAGGCACGAGAUCUACAUAUCUGUGGCGGAGUAUGACGAUAAUUACAUUGACUAUCUCCAGACUGGGCAGACUCGCAACAAUCCAUUCCUAGUCAUGCAUCAGUACGGCCCUUGGGACACUCUUAACCCUGAUGCAAUGGACGAUCUUGGUCCGAUCAUACUAGCACUCACAGCCAUUGCCCAGACCUACUAGGUAUUUGUAUUCAUCCACCAGCAAUCUCCAAUGAAUACCUGUUUCAUG